AUGGUCUCUAAUAACCACUCCCAAUCCAACCCCAUUCUCACUGAUUUUUUGUAGUACAUUUUUAGGUUUGAAUUUUAAAUUUUAAAUUUCGGGAAAUUUUCAAAUUGAAAUUUCAUAAGCAAAAUUACUAGGACCCACUUGCUCAACCAUUCAAAAUUCAUUUUAGUGAAUGUCUAUACUUGACCCACAUAGACUGUAGUCAUUACGCAGUACGAAACAUUAAUAAAAACACGUCAAACCGACUUUCAAUAUGAGGAACUAACGACUUGGUCACAAGUCUCCUUUCCCUUUUUUUUUUUUUUUUUUUUUGGCAGGUCACAAGUUUUCCUUACCUUACGUUAUUCUUAUGGCACUAUAAAUAUAGCCGUUGAUCACACACAAAAAAAAGCACCCAAAUCUCAAACAAUUCAAACCCAGUAGGCGCCGCCGCGCAAGUAACACAAAUAAUCCCUCACACUACCAAAAAAAAAACUCCUUUAAUUAAUUUUUUUAUUUCAAUUUUAUUAAUAUUAAUUUCUUAAUAAAUAAUCGCGAGAAACGCGUAAGUUUGCUGUUUCCAGUUCCUCAUUUCAGUCAGUGGUUACCCAUUAUCUUCUCCACUUAAUUUUAAUAAUUAUUACUAUUGAACUGGGUUUUUGUCUAAACAUAGAUUCAUUUUUAGUCUUAAUUUUUAUUUUUUUUUAGGAAAAUAGUGAAUUAUUUUGCUAAAAAGUCAAUAUCUUUUUUUUAAAUUUUUGGCUUUUUUGGGGGUUUCACGUGGUUGAGAUUCCUCCUCCAUUCUUUGCAUUUGGGAGGGUCCCUUUUCACAACUCUGUCAUCUGUUUGCUGCUCUGGUGGGAUCUUCUUACUCUCUGAGUGGAAGAAGGAAUAAAAUGGCGGAGGCGAAACCCACUACACCCUUGAUCCCACCAUCAGCAACCACCUCGUCGUCUUCACCGUCGAGAAAGCUACCGGAUUUUAAGCAAUCUGUGAGGUUGAAGUAUGUCAAACUUGGUUACCAUUACCUUAUUACCCAUGCUAUGUACCUUUUACUGACUCCUUUUGUAGUCAUACUUGCUGCUCAGCUCUCCACUUUUUCACUAGAAGACAUUAAUUUACUUUGGGAGCAUCUUCAAUAUAACCUUAUUUCUGUGAUUAUCUGCUCAACCCUUAUUGUCUUCCUGUCCACUUUGUACUUUAUGACCCGCCCUCGCCCUGUUUACCUUGUUAAUUUCUCAUGCGCUAAGCCGAAUGAUUGCCUUAAAUGUCCGAGGACCUAUUUCAUGGACAAAACCGAGUCUGCUGGGGUGUUUUCUGACCAAAUCCUUGGUUUUCAGAGAAAAAUCCUUGAGAGGUCUGGCCUUGGGGAGGAAACUUACCUCCCAGAGUCUCUUCAUAAUACACCUCCUAACCCUUCUAUGGCUUCUGCUCGGGCUGAGGCUGAGGAGGUGAUGUAUGGUGCCAUUGAUGAGCUCUUAGCCAAGACCAAUGUGAAACCCAAGGAUAUUGGGAUUUUAGUUGUCAACUGUAGCUUGUUUAAUCCUACCCCUUCCCUCUCUGCAAUGAUUGUGAACCAUUAUAAGCUACGAGGGAACAUUGUGAGCUAUAACCUAGGAGGAAUGGGAUGUAGUGCUGGGGUCAUUUCCGUUGAUCUUGCUAAGCAACUCCUUCAAGUUCACCCAAAUUCUUAUGCUUUGGUUGUUAGUACUGAAAACAUCACUUUGAAUUGGUACCUUGGGAAUGAACGUUCAAUGCUUCUUCCAAAUUGCUUGUUUAGAAUGGGUGCUGCUGCUAUACUUCUUUCUAACAAAAGAUCGGAUAAGAGAAGGUCCAAGUACCAGUUGCUUCACAGUGUUAGGACCCAUAAAGGUUCCGAUGACAAGUGCUAUUCUUGUGUUUACCAAGAAGAAGAUGCUGAUGGGAAGGUUGGUGUUUCUCUAUCCAAAGAAUUGAUGGCAGUUGCUGGUGAUGCUUUGAAAACCAACAUUACUACUCUCGGGCCUCUUGUUCUUCCAAUGUCCGAACAACUGCUCUUCUUGGCCACAUUGGUUGGAAAGAAACUUUUCAAUAUGAAGAUCAAGCCUUACAUACCUGAUUUCAAGUUGGCUUUCGAGCAUUUUUGCAUCCAUGCUGGGGGGAGAGCCGUGCUUGAUGAGCUAGAAAAGAACUUGCAGCUCAGCGAGUGGCACAUGGAGCCAUCUAGGAUGACCCUUUAUAGGUUCGGUAACACCUCAAGUAGUUCUCUGUGGUAUGAAUUGGCAUACUCAGAAGCUAAGGGGAGGAUGAGGAAAGGAGAUCGAGUGUGGCAGAUUGCAUUCGGGUCUGGUUUCAAGUGCAACAGUGCAGUCUGGAAGGCUCUCAGAACUGUAAACCCUGCUAAGGAGAAGAAUCCAUGGAUGGACGAGAUCCAUAAGUUUCCGGUCAAUGUUCCGUUGGUGUCUCCAUUUUAAAUCAUGUUUUUCAUGUUUUGUGUGAUUCACUUAUAGCCAUCUUGCUAAUGGGUUGCGGUCCCUGUAUUGUCAUACAGAAACUACGAUUAAUGACUUGAGAGAUGGCAGGGCAAAUUUUGGUACAUUUUUCAACAUGUAGAGGUAGAAGCCAAUGCUGCUGAUGUCUGUGUGGUGAAGUCCUCUUCCCAUCUUUCGCUUUAACUGUACCCAGCAGAUUAUGAAAUUCUUUUAGUUAUUUUUUUUUCUCUUGGAGUCUUCGUGCUAUUGAAGAUACUCGUGAUGUACUUAUUAGUUUAUCCUUUGAUGGUUCAAUUGUACCAUAUCUUUCGUGUUGAACUUUCAAAUUUUAUGUCAAUUCAGAAUUCUCUUCAAAUUUCAUCUAAUGUCGUGGUAUAUCAUAUCAUUAUA